AUGAUAAGGGGUAUUCGUCUAAAUGAACUACCACAUAUAAGGCUUAUACAUCGACCUAUAUUGCGUUGCAAUGUUCCGAGAUAUACUCCAAGGAAUGGGCCUAGUUGUUUUUCACGAUAUAUUUCUUCAGCAAGGAUUCAAUUAAAUGAUGUGCUAGAGCCCGUUAUAAACCCAACAUUACCACUGUCAAAGAAAAGCGAUUCUUCUUCACCCUCACCUGGAGAAGAGCAGAAAGAAAUUGAGGAGGCAUUGGAUCGAGAAAUAUACCCAGAAGCUAUUCAAAGUACAGUAGAGGAAAGUGCCGAUGAGUUUCUAACUACUAUUUUUGAUGACGUGGAGCCAUAUCUUGAUACAUAUCAAGUAUACGUCAAAUUAAGACAAUCUGGUUUCACAGGUCCCCAAAGUGAUACUAUAAUAGAUUUAAUAAUAUCCCAACUUAAUUCAAAACUAUCAAAAUUAUCAACGAAAUAUUCACAAAAGUAUGAACUUGAAAAUGAACAAUAUUUAUUUGAAAGUGCUCAACAAGAACUACGGGUGGAUAUUACUAGAUCUCGAGAACAACAUAUCCAUGAACUAAUUGCAUUAAUUCAUAUCCUUGAACGAGAUUUCAGUACCAUUUCCGAUGAAUUAAAUAGUGAUUUCAUUCAAAUGCGCAACGAUACUCAAGUGGCAAUGAAUGAUCAAAAAUCAGAAAAUACCCUUCUUUCAAAACAAAUCAUGCUUCGAAUACAAGAAACAAAUCAUAAAAUUACAACAGAAUUGAAUUCAGUAAUGAGAUCGGAAAUUGAGAGUUUGAGAUGGUAUCUUUCUCGUUGGGGGAUUAUUGCUAUUUUGAUAUCAUUGUUUUCAGCAUGUAGUACAUUUUAUAUUACAAAGACAAAAAAGGCAAAGAGGGAAGCCACUAGGGAUUUUGCACCUUUGGUUAUAUACGAGCCAAGUGAAUAUGAUGAGGAUGAUUAUCUGGCGGAUUUAGAUAGAAAUGCAAUUGGGGAUUAG